AUGGCCAAACCACGGAGCCCCCUCCUCAUCCGCUUCCUCUCAGACUUCACCCUCGGCUUCUCCGAUGGCCUCACCGUCCCCUUCGCCCUCACCGCGGGCCUCAGCUCCCUCGGCCGCGCCGACACCGUCAUCUACGCUGGCCUGGCCGAGCUCUGCGCCGGCAGCAUCAGCAUGGGCAUCGGCGGCUACCUGUCCGCCAAAGACGAGCUGCCAGCACCCGGGGCUGUGAACCGCCGGGACGAUGGCGACGAGGAGGAGCUGAGGGGCAUGUUGCGGCAUGAUGGCGACAGGGAGAGUCUCGACGAGAAGGAUAGGGAGGCGCAGGAAGUGGUUGUGAGGCGGCAUUUGGAACCUCUUGCGCUGCCUGGAUGGAUGGUCCAGGAUAUCAUGACGGCGCUCAACGAUCGUCCUGAGGGAUUGCAUCACGUCGCGCACCAGCUGCUCUCCUCAAGAGCUGCGUAUUCCAUCGAAGAGGGCUCUUCUAGCACCGACCAGCUGCCCGUCUGGCCUGUUGCCUCGGGUCUGUCCAUCUCGCUGGGCUACAUCAUUGGCGGCACGAUUCCCUUGCUGCCGUACUUUUUCGCUGCGACUGUCGGCCUUGGACUUCGUUGGAGCAUUGCGCUGUGUUUAUUGGCGUUGAUGUCGUUUGGUGCUGGAAAGAGCUGGUUGUUGAGAGGGGGAGAGGCGUCGGGCAGCUGGAUGCGGUGCGUGUGGGAGGGCCUACAGAUGCUCAUACUGGGCAGCUUGGCUGCAUUGGCGUCAGUGCUGUGCGUGUCU